AGUAGGCUUUACACGAUCAGAAUUUUUGGGGCCAAUCACCGAUCAGCGAGUUUAAAAAAAACGAUAGCUGAUCACCGAUGCUAUCACAAGAUUGAGCAAUGUUUCUAUUUCAAUGACUUGUUCAUUUACUGUAUAUACUUGUGUACUGUAUACUGACUAUGUUCAAAAGUAUUCUCUAGUCAGGUGAUGUAUUCUAAUCAGUCAGCUCAAACCAACAUUGACUGAGGAGUAUCUGCAACAUUUGCACAAUCAACAUUGUCCCAAACUAUCGUACUACUCGCUUGAAGUCUCGGCGCCCUUUGCACAAUGGUCAUUGCACCGGACUAUUGCAAUAUUAGUCAUUCGAAACUGCUCUCAGUGCUAGAGGACUCUGCAUCUUUUUGCACAAUUGUCAAAAAAAAUAAAAAUAAAUGUACCUCUAAUCUUUUUGAGAGUAGUAAAACUAAACAACUGAGAUAAUGUGGUUGCCCAAGUGUGCACACCCUCUUAUAAGUGGGGAUGUCGCUGUUUUCAGAAUUACCCAAUCACUAACAAAAUCAAUUCAACCUCUUGCUAAAUGAUGGUCAGCACACAUCUGCCACCAUUUUAAGUGCCUCUUCUGGUAGGCUUUUCCUGACAUAUUAAUGGUGGAAAUGGUUUUGAAAUGAUUUAUUUUGGUCUCAUUUUUUUAUAUCACUGAAACCUAGUAUUUAAACAUGGGUGUAGCGACUUUUUAUAUCCGCCGUGUGUCCCACUGAACUUACAUUUGGACUCAAAUUUGCACAAAUCGGACAAUAACAACGCUUUUCUAACAGCAGCAUAUCAUGCACUUUUUUGUUUUUCACACCAUGUAGCGGCAAAUUGAAAAGUACCCAAAUGAAUAGUAAUAAACACACACACACACUAUUUUUCCAUGACUAUAUCAAUUAAGUAUAUCAUAUGUAAUUUUCUUUGCUCUUACGUAAUACUGUGUCAGAUUAUUAUUAGCAGUAUUCUUGCGUUUGACUGCAUUUGAUUUCUCCCAUUGUUACGAAUACAUGUGUACCCACUCAGUUGCCGGCCAGCGCUGUUUUUCAUUGUGUACGAAGCCAGGACACUCGAAAAGUGGACGUUUUGGUUCCACUUGGAUAUGGUAGUUUUCUUUUCCAUUUGGGUGAAUUUUGAUUUUUCUCAAACUCCCUCAUUUCUGGAGUGGUCGCCAACGACAAGUGUAGCCUCCGUCCGGGUCGUAUCGGCUCCAAGUUGGUCUUCUGUGCGUCGCACACCCGUGCAGAGUCCUUCUCAUGCUAUCGAUGCUAUCCAUCUCCUACUGGUAACACUGACUCUGGUGUGCAUCGAAUGUAGAGUUUCCCUAACAGCACAGGAGCUGUGGACUCUGAGGUUAAGUCCCAGUGGCCAAUGCUAACACAUGCUAACGUGUCCGCAGGAAGUAGGAGCCAUUUCAUUCUUCCGGCUCCCACACAGUCGCGUGCACACACAGAAAGGACCCUUGCCCCUCACGCCACGCUGAAUUUUCCACCAAACAAGUGACUUGGGACUUGCUCGAGACGGGCGGCUGCAGUUCUGAGGACCCGGGUUAAAAUCUGGCCUUGCCUGACUAGAGUUUGCAUGUUCUCCCCGUGCCUGCGUGGGUUUUCUCCAAGUACUCCGGUUUCCUCCCACUUCGUAAAAACAUGCAUGAUGACGCAAAGACUGUGACUUUGCCUCUCUUCGUCAUCGCCACAUCCCGUUCUCUUCAUCUCCCAAUGCCUCGCUCUUGUCGGACGGGAGACAGCGACGCUCAGCAGGUUCCAAAAAAGCUGGGACAGGUGGCAAAAAAGACUGCGAAAGUUGAGGAAUGCUCAUCAAACAUCUGUUUGGAACAUCUCACAGGCAGGAUGACAAACCAGGCCACAGUCAACCAGUCCAACGCCAGCAAGCCCCAGGCAGGAGAUGAAACUCGGCAGGAUGACAGCACGGAGGUGGGCUACAAAGAUGCCGGCCACUGCAGCCGCAACACCCACAACCUCCUGUUGGGCCUCACCGUCAUGGGUGUGGUGAUGGGAGCGGUGUUGGGCAUGCUGCUGCGCUACAUGAAGGUGACAGACAGCUCGGCCCUCACCAUGGUCUCCUUCCCUGGAGAGAUCCUGAUGAGGAUGCUUAAGAUGCUCAUCCUGCCCCUCAUCAUUUCCAGCCUCAUCACAGGACUGGCGGGUCUGGACGCUCGCUCCAGUGGCAGGAUGGGCAGCAGAGCCAUGGUGUACUACAUGAGCACGACCAUCAUCGCCGCCAUCCUGGGCGUCAUUCUGGUGAUCAGCAUUCACCCUGGUAACCCCAAGCUCAAGGGGGGCUCCUCUGCCUCUGCCCUCCCAAGGACCCAGGAAGUCAGCAGUUUGGACGCCUUCCUCGACCUCAUCCGCAACCUCUUCCCGGAGAACUUGGUGCAGGCGUGCUUCCAGCAGGUCCAGACCGUGCUGAAACAGGUGGCGGUGGCGGCCACAAACCAAACGGAUCCAAUCGUAGUCAAAAAGAAGAAACUGGAAUACAAAUGGGGCAUGAACGUUCUUGGCUUGAUCGGCUUUUUCAUCACCUUUGGCAUCUGUAUGAGCAGGAUGGGCGAGCGCAGCAAGAUCAUGUGCGACUUCUUCAACAUCCUCAACGAGAUCAUCAUGACCAUGGUGUCCAUGAUUAUGUGGUACUCUCCGGUUGGCAUCGCCUCGCUGAUCGCGGGCAAGAUCGCAGCCAUCGGGGACCUUGAGGUGGUGGCGCGGCAGCUGGGCAUGUACAUGGUGACCGUCAUCGUGGGCCUGGUGAUACACGGUGGUCUCAUCCUACCCGCCAUCUUCUUCGCCAUCACACGCAAGAGCCCCUUCACCUUCUACUCGGGCAUCUUCCAGGCGUGGAUCACUGCACUGGGCACGGCCAGUAGCGCCGGGACCUUGCCGGUGACGUUCCGCUGCCUGGAGGAGAACCUGAAGAUCGACAAGCGGGUCACCCGCUUCGUGCUGCCCAUCGGCGCCACCAUCAACAUGGACGGCACGGCGCUCUACGAGGCCGUGGCGGCCAUCUUCAUCGCACAGAUGAACGACAUUUCACUAGACGGCGGCCAGAUUGUCACCGUCAGGUUGGGCAUGACAGCCACCCUGGCCAGCGUGGGAGCGGCCAGCAUUCCAAGUGCCGGAUUGGUCACCAUGCUACUGAUCCUGACGGCCGUGGGCCUACCCACACAGGACAUCAGUCUGCUCAUCGCCGUUGACUGGCUGCUCGACCGGAUGCGGACCUCCAUCAAUGUUGUGGGUGACUCUUUCGGGGCCGGCAUUGUGGACCACUUGUCCAAAGCGGAGCUCCAGGAAAUAGACGCGGCCGAAAUGGAAAUUCUCCCAGUGGAGGAGGAACUGGAUUUCAUCCCGCCGCCGCCCGUCCUGACCGAGAUGGACCUGGUGGACCCGCUCAAGCCGCCCGAGCUGCCCCCCCGGUCGCCCCGUCCUCCCAAGCAGAACCACCACGGCCACGUCCUGUCUCAGUCCCACUCUGUCAACUACUCACCGUCCCGUUCUAUCCGUUCCCCUUCGCCGCGCUCAAUCCGUUCGCCCUCCCCACGUUCCGUGUGCUCCCACUCCCCUCGCCCUUUCCGCGCCCACUCACCUCGCCUCCUCUGCAGGACGGAGCCGGGCUACUGCGCCCUGCCAAGCCACGAAAACCAGCUCCCUGCCCUGCCUCACUGCUACCGGGACCGCGAGCGCGAGCGUCUGCACCGAGAGAGCGAGACGGAGGAGGAGGAAGAACGAGAGCGCGUCCUCGGCGAGCCCAGCGACGGCGAGGAGAGCGACGACACCGCGUACGACCGGCGGCACGCCAUUCUACCGUGCGACCUACCGUGAAAAACAUCUCAUGUCCGCUUGUUUCGAUUCAUGUCACAAUCAAAACACUUCUCGUAUGAUGCUAAAAUGAUUAAAUUCAUUUAUCUCUCA